AUGAUCAGAGCAAGGAAUCUCCGGCGAGCAGAUACCCGUAAGUAGCUUUUCUAUUCCUUUGUGGUGGGCUGGAAUGCAAUGAGACUAUGGUGCCCAAUAUGGCUUUAACAGGCCAAUCUUUUACUGAAAAGGAAAAGGCAAUUACCCUGACCCUUGGCCAUGCUGGCUGGGGCUGAUGGGAACUGGAGUCCAACAACUUUCAAACAGCCACUGGUUCCUCAUCCCUGUGUUGGAAUAUUGAUACUGGACAUUUCACUUAAUAUGAUGUUGUGAAUUUUCUACAAAUUCUAAUUAACUAAAUCUGCAUGCUGCACUUUAAAUAAUCAGGGAUAAUAGGAGUUGUAAUACAUGGAAAGAAGCAGAAGUCCCAGUAAAGGAAGAAUGGAUACAAAAACUUGGGGAAUAUGCAGAAAUGGUGAAACCUACCGGAAGAGUAAGAAAUCAAGAUAACAAACUUUUUAUAAAAGAAUGGAAAUGGUUUAUUGAAUAUUUGCAGAUAAAUUGUAAACAGAUAAAAACAUUAGCAGGGUUACAUAUUGAAAUAACCUGCAGUUUUAUAAGAGUAUAUAUUUACAGUAGAUAAUUAAAUGAGGAAAAUAAAUGAAUUUGGAUCUGCAGAAGAUAUUUAAAAAUAAAUUUAAGGAAUCGCAGAAAGAAGGGGAAGGAAGUCAAAUUUUGAAAUGUUAAAUGAAUUGUAAAAUAAAUAAAAUGUAUAAAUUUGAAAAGUAUAAAUAAAAAAAACUAUAAAAAGGAGUUGUAAUACAGGGACACCUGGAAGGCCACAGAAUCCCUACCCGUGUUCAAACAGAGAAUUUUUUGAAAGGAUAUUUGCCAACAUUGGGUAUGAAUUAAUUCUGUACAGAUAUCAGCCCAAUGCACAAAGUGAUAUAUAUAUAUACCUGUUAAAAAAAUAGUUGCAAGGUAUACAGUGGUACCUCGGGUUGCAUACGCUUCAGGUUACAUACACUUCAGGUUACAGACUCCGCUAACCCAGAAAUAGUACCUCGGGUUAAUAACUUUGCUUCAGGAUGAGAACAGAAAUCGCUGGCUGGCGGCACAGUGGCAGCAGGAGGCCCCUUUAGCUAAAGUGGUGCUUCAGGUUAAGAACAGUUUCAGGUUAAGAACAGACCUCUGGAACGAAUUAAGUACGUAACCAGAGGUACCACUGUAUUAUAUCAGCUAUCACACAGUUAAAGUGCUACUUUCUCUCCCAACAGUAAGCCAUACUGAUUGCUAUUUGACCCUAUGGCUGCCAACGGCUUCUUCUGAAAGGUUCCAGACAAAGACUGUUCAAAAUUCUAAAGACCCAGUCUGGAACGAAACUUUCCAUUUCAUGGUCCAGAGCAAAGUGAAGGUCAGAAACCGAUGGUCACUCCUUGUUGGUAUAGCAUAAUCUCACUGAAAGUGAUUUCUUGUGAAUUUGAAACAUGCCUUGAUUUGUAGAAGAUCACCAGCUCACAGAACUGAACAGUAGAGUUCCGACGUCAGUGUCAUGGCACAACCUGGCACAAUAGGGCAGUUGGUGUUGCUGUGCCUGUUGCGGCUUUGCGCCAAUUCUAAUAUAUGCAUACAGUCUUCCACAAAUCCUAUUGUAUGUGAAUGAUUGCUUCUUUGAAAAAAUCAUCAGUCUUCUCCCUAAUGUGUGAGUUUUCCAUGUGCAGGGAAAUUUGGAUGCAUGGAUGAUUUCAGAUGAGCAGUCGCUCACGCACAUAGGCUCACAUAAAUAUUUGAAUUUGCUUCCAGGACUGAUUUAAAUUUGACAGUAGCCCUAAACAGUGGCGGAGCUUCAUGAGGCUGGGGCAGGCCUGGCUUGCGUCCCAGGGGCGUGGCACGCAGCCACAGGGGUGUGGCGCCCAGCGCGGAUGGGGUGGCAGCCGCGAUGGCACCACACCGAGAUCAUGCUGCGGGGGCAGUGCACUCCCCCCGCACUCCUCUUCCUCUGCCAGUGGCCCUAAAGAAGAUCCCAAAAGUACUUAUUCAGGUUAUGCACACAGUUGGUUUAACAUUUAAAAUGCUUUAUCCCAUGCACUGGCUACAUGCAUGAAAUGUCUACACAACUUCAUCAUUAGUGCAAGACUGUUGCAUAUGAAUGGGAUGAGUCAGUACACAGGGAGAUUCCACCUUACAUGAUUGCCACCUCAUUUAGAACAGUCCUUAGAUAUGCCAUAGGUCAAGUGGGGAAGGCGUGGGUCAGCAGUUUCCCAAGGUCCAAAGACCACAGAAGCAAUGAAGCUGUUGAUGGAAUACAUGCCUAUUUUUGAAAGAGCAGGGAAUUGAAAGUAAAUGUACCCCAUGCCUAAUUUAUAUUCCCAAUUAUCCAACUCUUUUCUAAAUUGAACAUGUUUGGUCUCUUCUUGCAUGGAAUUCCAUGCCAUUGUAAAAUGUUUUCCUUUUCGGUCUGGGGUAUACAGAACUGUAGGAAAGCUGUACAGUUCUUUUAGCAUUUAUUUAUAGGUCUUUUCUCUCCUAUCAGAACAUACUGGAGCUGAGUGUCUUCGAUGAGGAUGUCUGCCAAGACGAACUACUUUUCACGAUUCGCUUUGAUAUAGCUGGACUCCCACUAAAUGAAAAAGUGCUCUUGUCCUUUAAGUCCAAUCCAAAGGUCUGUAUAAGCAGAAAGAAUGUUUAACAGGGCAAUCCUAUGCAUGUUCACUCAUAAGUUCAGUAAAAAAUUACUCACCAAUAAGCUGGUUUAGCCCAGUGAGAAAGGAAGUAUUAUUAUUAAGUGGAACUUGUUUCUGAGUAAACAUGUUUAAGAUUGUACUGUGAUGUGAAUAGUAUUUGUUGCCUGAAAUGUCUAAGUUCCAGAAUUCACAAUCUUGAUAGGUAAUUAAGUAAAAUAACUUAGCUGUAAUGUGUGUAUUAUUUAGGGAUACAAGGGAUUUUGAUUUGGUUCGUGUUUUAGUAUGAACCCACCUAACUGGCCCUUUCUGAAACAAUACUUGAACCAAAAUGCACCUAUCCUUUCAAAUUCACACUUCUCUGAAUUUUGUGAAUCAGUUCUCCAGUAAGAUAUUGAUGCAGAAAUGUGCAUAUAGGGAAAGGGGGCCUAAAAAUGCCUAUAUUUGUGAAAAUAAUGUACAAAAAUGAGUUGUAUUAGGGGAAAUUGCUUACAAAGAUGAGUAUAUUGGGGAAAAUUGCAUACAUAAAUAUGUAUAAUGGGAGAAAUCAUACAAAAUGCUGAAAAAAUUUCAACGCUGACAAAUUUUCAGCAACGAAAAAUCACAGGAUAAUACAGAAAUGGGGCAAAGUAAACAUAAGAGUUUCUCAUGUUUAUGAACAGGUGUACAUCCAUAUCUGUACUACAUGUAGUUUGGUUUUAUAGUGCUCUCUUGCAAUACAAAUGCAAAACACACACACACACAAAACCCAUUGCCCCAAUCCAGCUCUGGUACCAUUCACAAGGAAGUUGGCUCUCCUAGCUGGAUGAGAAACAGUUUGUCAAGCAAGAUGAGGUUCAUGCAGUUUUCUUCUUUAAUCCAGAGUCUUGUGCUGUAUGCAUGCAUACCUUUAAAGAAGCUAAAUUUCCAGCUAUCAGCUGUUCAGGAGAGGAAACUAGAACUGGAUUCAGUCCUUCAACCACCACAGCUCUCCUUCCCCAACAAGAACUGAUAGAUAGAUUUGGGCCUUGGCGAUCAGGGAAGUUCAGGGGUGCAUAGUACUAAAUAAAAUAUGUGUUUGUGGGAGGGGGGGUUAUCUUGUAUUUUUAUCUUGUGAACCACACUGAGAUCUUUUGAUGAAGAUCAAAAUUUAAUAAAUCUAAUAAGACGAUGACAACAACAACAACAUACUAGCCAAAGUAACCCAUGGGAAAUUUAAACUGAUUUUAAUGGAACUAGGUUGCACCUAAAAAGUUGGUGAGAAAGGAAACAUUGUCAAACUAAAGAAUUUUGGUAUAUAGAAAAUAAAUGGUGAUCAAAAGAGGAAAACAUGAUUAUAAUUCCCAUGCCUUUUCCCAACCUCAUCAUUCCCCCUUCUAAUUUUCCAUGACAACUGUCACACGUGUGGCUAUGAGGAAUUGCUGACAGUAUAUGUCAGGUCUCACUAGUCUGCAGUUACAUACAGUGGUACCUUGGUUUUCAGACAUAAUCUGUUCUGGAAGACCGUUCGAGUUCUGAAAUGUUCAAAAGGGCGGUCUGCAAAUUUAAUAGAGAAAAUGGGGGGGGACCCCCAGUGGAAGCCGUUCAACUUCCGAGGUGCGUUCAAAAACAGAAGCAUUUACUUCCAGGUUUUCAGUGUUCGAAAACCAAAACGUUCGACUUCCAAGAUGUUCGAAAACCAAGGUACCACUGUAUUUUGUAGUCUAGCAGCGCAGAAUCUGUUAUUAAAAGGGUUUAAUUCACUGACCACCCUCUUAUUUCAGGAUCAAGAGGAGCUGGAGGUGGAAUUUGAGUUACGAAACAGGUGAGUAAAUUCAGAUACUACAGAUUACUUAAAGCAACAUGCCUUACCCUUCUGAUAACCAGAAUGUAAAUCCAUAAAAAAUGAGUUAAUUAUUAGAACUCAGGGAACAUUGUCAACAUUUCUCCCAAUGACAGCAAAAGAAACAUGUAUUAAUGCUCCAGGCCUGGCCAGCAUUUUGACAAAGCCCCGUAAGAAAUGUUGUAUUUUUUAAUUUCCCAGGCUACAACAGCAAAGCUAUGGUAUCUGGUAUGGGGAAGGAGAAUCAAAAGCAGAGAAGUUGUCAAAUUCAAAGCCUUACUGAGCUCAUGCCAGCAGACUGGAAAGUCAAGUCAAGUCAAGUAACCUUUAUUGGCAUCACAUAGGAACAUUCAGAAUACAAACAGAAUAAAUAGGCCAGUGUGGUCUCGUUGCCAUUUCAACAGUACAGGACUGGAAAGUGUAUUUUUCUUUAUUUUUUUUCUCCUUCUGCCAGCGUUGAAAAUAAAAAGAUUUUCUGAAGGGAAAAUAAGUAUGGCAGCAAACUUGCCCUCACACCCUUCAAGGACCCCUCUUGCUCUCUCUGCUGUUGAACACUGACAGCACCUCAGCAAUAGUUCCAUUUUCAAGAGGAACAUAAACAUUUUAUUAUAUGAAUGUAUAUUCAUUUAUAUUCCAUUUAUUUUUCAGUUUGAGUGUUCCUGAAACCAUUGUUACGAAUGGAACUCUUCUGGUAAUUUUGUUAUUUUCUGUCUGCUUUCUUGUACUUUAGAUAUACAGUGCAAGGGAAACAAAGAGAUUAUAAAUUAUAUCAAAGUUAAUGAAUUAUUAUAUACUUUCUGAGACAGGAAUAGUAUAAAACUGAACAUAAUUUUCCUACUGAGCCAUCAGGCAUCUUCUCCUGUAUGGGAUGCUUAAUUACUUGAGGGUUCAGUUGAAGUUAUCAUGGCCUUUCCAAACAUGUGAUAAACCCUAUGGAUACUUAUUUCUGGAAUAAGUCCAGUUGAAAGAGGUUUAUUGCAGCCCUAGUAAAAAUAUAUAAUCUAAGAAACAGGUUACUAAAUGUGACAAUAUAUUGAUAAAUCCAAUCAUUAUUUUUAAUCCAGUCAAGUGUGGGUAAUAUGUCAUUUGUCAUUCCUGAGAAAUUUACUGACCAUUUGGAUUUGAGCCUGACUGAAUAGGUCCCAGCAGAACCCAGCUUAGCCCUAUUGGAUGUAUUCCCUGUUGCUUUAACCACAGACAUUGGGUUUUUGUUCCUUUGAGAAUUUAAAAUAUGGGCAAAUAUAAAUACCAUCCAUAAUACAUUUGUCUGUUCUUCAUGGAUUGAGGUUCUGAAAUUAAACAUUCCAUAAAAAUUGUGAUCCAGGCAGCAAGCCUAUGGCCACAACUUUCUUACUUGCUUCCUUUUAAAAAAAUGCUCUUCUUGUUAAAAAAAUUUAAAUCAAUACAUUGGAUCCAAACUAAGUUGUAGGUGUGUAGGCUCAUUAAUUUCAAUGAGUUUGGUUGUAAAUUGCUUUGGGUAGCCUUGGGCAAGAUGAAGCGACUAACAAAUUUAAUAAAUAAUAAUAAUUUUAAAAUGGGUUUAAUUAAGUGGCGCUGUGGUGUAAACCACUGAGCCUAGAGCUUGCCGAUCAGAAGGUCGGCGGUUCGAAUCCCUGCGACGGGGUGAGCUCCCGUUGUUCGGUCCCAAUUCCUGCUCACCUAGCACUUCGAAAGUACAAGUAGAUAAAUAGGUACCACUCUGGGCGGGAAGGUAAACGGUGUUUCCGUGUGCUGCUCUGGUUUCGCCAGAAGUGGCUUAGGCAUGCUGGCCACAUGACCCGGAAGCUGUCUGUGGACAAACGCCUGCUCCCUCGGCCUGUAAAGCGAGAUGAACACCGCAACCUCAGAGUCGUCUGUGACUGGUACCUUUACUUUUACGUUUAAGUCUGAAUUGUAAUCAAACACUAUAUAAAAUUAUUUCAGAAUCCUUGUAUUUUCUGUACUGUACUGUACUGUACUGAACUGUACUGUAUUUGUGAUUCAGUCAUUCAGUUUUGAAAGGGAUUGAUUAUUAUGCCCCCCUCCAAAUGCUAACUUUUAGAUGGUGAAGAAAGUAAUAAAAUGAAGUUUCAACUAGAUUCUAAACUUUCAAUGUUCUUCUGUCUUCUUGUAUGCCUACAGGCUCGUGAAGUUUGUUGUUUGGAAUUUGAAGUAGAGAAGAAAAAAAGAAAGAAAUCAAGUAAGAUUUUCAUCAUAGUAAUAAUGGUUUCUCUAGUUUCCUUUUUUUAUAUAAGAUAUUUAUUAAAGUUUCAGCAUAUUACAAAAAUAAGAAAAAAAAAUUUAAAAAGAAAAAAAAAACGAAAAUGAAAAUACAAGAUAAAAACAGUUAAAAACAAAUCAGUCUUUCCAUAUCUUAUUUUUCAUUUGCUUGUUUCCCUGACCUCCUCACACCUCCCUUUUUUGUAUUCCAGUUCCAUUAGUUAAUUCAGCAAUUCCUUUCCCUCUUUGAUUUUAUCUUAAUCUUUUUUCUUAAUAUAUUAUGACUUUAGAUUAUCACUUGUUAACAAUCCAUUUUUACAUAUUCCUUUAUAACAUUGCUGCUAAAAAACCACUUAACUUCAAUCCAACAUCAUUCUAACAUUCAUUAAUUUUGCAGUAUUUCUGUAGAUAGUUUUUAAAUUUCUUCCAAUCUUUUUCCACCGACUCUUCUCUCUGGUCUCGGAUUCUGCCAGUCAUUUCCGCCAGUUCCAUAUAGUCCAUCACCUUCAUCUGCCAUUCUUCCAGAGUGGGUAAUUCUUGUGUCUUCCAAUACUUUGCAAUAAGUAUUCUUGCUGCUGUUGUAGCAUACAUAAAGAAAGUUCUAUCCUUCUUUAACACCAUUUGGCCAACCAUGCCCAGGAGAAAGGCCUCUGGUUUCUUCAGAAAGGUAUAUUUAAAUAUCUUUUUCAUUUCAGUAUAAAUCAUUUCCCAGAAUGCCUUAAUCCUUGGGCACGUCCACCAAAGGUGAAAGAAUGUACCUUCAGUUUCUUUACAUUUCCAACAUUUAUUAUUGGGCAAAUGAUAGAUUUUUGCAAGCUUGACUGGUGUCACGUACCACCUGUAAAUCAUUUUCAUAAUAUUCUCUCUUAAGGCAUUACAUGCCGUAAACUUCAUUCCUGUGGUCCAUAACUGUUCCCAGUCAGCCAUCAUUAUGUUAUGUCCAACAUCUUGUGCCCAUUUAAUCAUAGCAGAUUUCACCGUUUCAUCCUGAGUAUUCCAUUUCAACAGCAAGUUAUACAUCUUUGACAAAAUCUUGGUUUUGGGAUCUAACAGUUCUGUUUCCAAUUUUGAUUUUUCCACCUGGAAGCCAAUUUUCUUAUCCAAAUUAUAUGCCUCCAUUAUCUGAUAAUAAUGAAGCCAAUCUCGCACUUUAUUUUUUAGUUUUUCAAAACUCUCCAGUUUCAAUUUGUCUCCCUCUUGUUCCAAAAUUUCCCAAUAUUUCGGCCAUUUGGCCUCCAUAUUGAGCUUUUUCUGAGCCUUCGCUUCCAUCGGUGACAACCACCUUGGGGUUUUAUUUUCAAGUAGGUCCUUAUAUCUUAUCCAGACAUUAAACAAUGUCUGUGUUUUCAAGAAGCAGCCAUUCUUUCAGCCAGCAAAAAGCUGCUGAUUCAUAAUAAAGUUUAAGGUCUGGCAGGGCAAAUCCACCUCUUUCCUUUGCGUCUGUUAGUAUUUUAAAUUUUAUUCUAGGCUUCUCAUUCUGAAACCUCUCUCUCUCAAUCGCUGUUAAAUUUUUCUCUAAGACCUUUGUUUUUAACUUAUUCAGUUUAAAUCCUGCAACCUGACCAAAUUCUUGAAUCAGUUCCAAAACUCUUUUAGUACUAGAUUCUGGCUCCUGUAAUGUCAAUACUAAGUCAUCUGCAAAUGCUCUCAAUUUGUACUGUUUAGCUCCGACUUGUAUACCUUUAACCAAUUGGUCCCUUCUAAUCAUAUUCAGCAGGACCUCCAGGACCGAUAUAAAAAGCAAUGGGGAGAUUGGGCAACCUUGUCGUGUCCCCCUUUCCAUCUUAAAUUCCUCCGUCACCACGUUAUUAACAAUUAAUUUAGCCUUUUGUUCUGAAUAAAUUGCACUUAUACCAUUUCCAAAGCCUUGACCUACCCCCAUCCCCUGUAGGUUCUUCUUCAUAAAAGUCCAAGAAAUAUUGUCAAAAGCUUUCUCAGCGUCCACAAAUAUCAAAACUGCCUUGGUAUUAAUAUUCACUUGUAAUUGAUUAUGUUUCUCAUAUUAUCAGACAAGUGUCUACCCGGGAGAAAGCCUGCUUGAUCUCUAUGAAUCUCUUCCACUAGCACUUUUUUUAGUCCUUUAGCCAAAAUAUCUGCAAAGAUUUUAUAAUCCACAUUAAGCAGUUAUAUGGGGCGAUAGUUCUUGAGCUGCGUCUUUUCAGUUUCUGUUUUCGGUAUAAGUGUGAUAUACGCUUCCUUCCACGACUCUGGUGCCCUUUCCCCAUCCAAUAUUUCAUUACAGACUUCCUUUAAAGGUUGUACUAGCCAUUCUUUUAAAGAUCUGUAGUAUCUAGAAGUCAGUCCAUCCGGUCCUGGAGAUUUACCUAAUUGCAUAUUCUGAAUGGCACCUUCUACCUCCUGUUCAGUUAUUUUAUAAUUCAACAUUAAUUUGUUUUCUUGAGAGAUUUUUGUAAUCCAUUUAUUUUCAAAAAUCGAUCUAUAUCAAUUUCUUUCUGUGGCCCUUGUGUAUAUAAUUGUUUAAAGUACCUCUGGAAACAGUUUCUAAUCUCGACUGGGUUCUGUAUGUUCUUUCCUUCCACUUCUAGAUUUAUAAUAGUGUUUAGUUUUUGUCUUUUUUUCAUUUGCCAGGCCAACAAUUUCCCACAUUUAUUAGCCGACUCAAAUGUCUUUUGUCUCAUUUGUUUAAUUUUCCAUUCUAUUUCCUGAUUCAUCAUUUUCAUAUAUUGUACUUGAUAUAACUUUAUUUCUCUCAAGAUCUCUUGCGACUUUGGUUUUGCUCUCAAUUUCUUCUCACUUUCCUUUAUUUUCUCCAAAAUUUUAUCUUUCUUCUCAUUUUGGAUUCUCUUCUUUAUUGCAUUCUGUUGUAUCAGGAACCCUCUCAUAACCGCUUUGCUUGCGUCCCAGAUUACUCUUUUUCAACAUUAGUGUUCAUGUUUGUCUCGAAAUAGUCUCUCAAGGUUUUUUGGGCCUUCUUAGUCACUUCUUCAUCUCUAAAUAAGGUGUCAUUCAUCCUCCAUCUGAAAGAGCCAGUUGGUGUUAGUUUCAUCUCCAUCUUCACGGCAUUAUGGUCGGAGCAGGUUUUUGGACAAAUUUCCACUUUUCUUGUCUUUGGUGCCAUUCCUCUAGUUACCCAUAUUUGGUCAAUUCUUGUCCAUGUCAUUUUGGCUUCAGAGAAGAAGGUUCCCUCUCUACCCAAGGGAUUCUUUGUUCUCCAAAUAUCAACUAAAUCCAAGUUGUCUGUCAUCUCAAAAAAGGUUUUCGGUAGUCUACCAUCCUUAGUGACUACCUGUCUUUGUGCCUUGUCCAUAUUUGUAGAUACAACUCCGUUCAUAUCAAAAUCACAUUAUAGUCCAAAUAGUCCAUCAAGGUCUCAUGCAACUUUUUAAAGAAUUCAGAUUUCCCCUCAUUUGGUGCAUAAACUCCUACUAUCAAAAAUUUCUCUCCUUGGAUUUGAAUUUCAAUUGCCACAAAUCUUCCUUGGUCAUCUUUAAAGAUAAAUUUUGGUGAUAAACUCUCCUUUGCAUAAAUCACUACUCCUCUUUUUUUAACUUUGUCCUAUGAGAUAAACUCUUGACCCAGUCUUUUGUUGAUCAAUACUUUUCUAUGUAGCCUUGUCACAUGUGUUUCCUGUAAACAAAUCAAGUCCAAUUGUUCCUUUUUUAAUAAAUGAAAAACUCUUUUCCUUUUCUGGGGGGAGUUGAGACCAUUAGUAUUCCAGCUUAAUAGUUGCAGAGCCAUGAUGUAGUUACUUUGCUUUUCCUCCAACUGCGCCAAGUGUUUGUUCUUGUUCCGUCGGGGGUAUCGCUUUCUCUAAGCAGUCCAGUCCAAAAGGUAGUGUUGCUAUGUCUAGUAUUCCUCUUUCUAAUGCUCUUAGCUCUUCUCCAGAUUCUUUCUGCAAAUCUUCUCCGUGAUCUUUCAAAAAUCUUUCUUUAUCGUCCACUGAUCUUAUUUUUAUCUUUCUUCCUUUGAAGCUAAAAGAUAGGCCUUGGGGAAAUUCCCACCUAAAGAUAAUUCUGUUACUUCUCAACAGGGCAACCAAAUCUCCGUAGUUGGACCUAAGGUCCAAAAGAUGUUUCAGGAUGUCUUUAAAUAUCUCCACUCUUGACUGAUGUAUUUCCAGAGUCUUCUGAAAGUGCAGACUCAAGAUUUUGUCUCUCUCCUCUUUUGUUCGGAGGGUGAUCAAACAGACUCUCACCCUGUUCUUCUUCCCCCCUCUUCCAAGCCUAAAAGCACUCACUAUCUUAAAAUCUUCCUUCUCCAAAUCUAAAUCCCAAAAGUCUGCAAAUUCCUGCGUAAGAAAGUCAAUCAGAUUGUCUUUCUCAAGUUCAGGUACGGCCCUGAUCCUCAAAUUCGUUUGUUUCUCCUUCAAUUCAAUCAUAGACAACAUCGACCUGUGGUCCUCGAGUUGCCUAUGUAUCGGUGGUAUCUUCUCCUCUACAGCAACUGCUUUUUCCUUUGCUUCUUCAGCUGUCUUUCGGGUCAAAGUAAAUUCCUGUAGCAAUUUAUCAAUGGUUUCUGUGUUAGUGUUCACCUUCUGUCCCAAAUUAUUAAUGCUUGUAGUGUUUUGAUCAAUUUUAGUUGAUGCUUCAGCUACUUGUUUACUUAAUUUUUCCAAAGAUUCAUUAAUUUUGCCUAAUGCCAGAGCUAAAACAUCUUCAGAUGGCAUUCCUUUUGAUUUAAAUUGUACACGUGCAGCCCCUGAUGGUACAGAAGGGCCAGAUGCUGAUGCUCUUCGCGGCUGCCAAGAUUUACCAGACCUCGUUGUUUUUUCUUGAAGCAAGUCUAUUUUUUCUUUUCCAUCUGCCAUAACACUCUAGUUGAAGCUCAAGGUCAAUCUCACGGCCAGAAUUUGUUUUGAAGUGGAAAAUUCCCCUGGCCCAGUUGUUGUAACAAUUUCAAACUUCCUCUUUGGGGACACAGUAACAGUCAAAGCUUGUUGCAGUAAAAAUAACUCUUUUUAAUCCCCCAAUUCACAAAAUAGGCAACAAUUUCAAUUUCAGUUAGUUUCCAGUUACUUUAAAAUCAGGAGAAGCCAGCCAGAAACAAUGUAUCUCUCUUGCAGAGUUAGCUGUCAAAAAGUACUCUAUUCACAAGCAGCGCAUUUCACAAUACGGCAAUCUUAUUGUCCAUUGGCAGCCCGUUCCCAGGUUUUAAGCGGUGGAUUUUUAUUUCCUUUCCUCUCUUUUUGCAGGAAAAUAUAGUUCACACCUUUCCCCCCUCCUCUCCUGCAACCAAGGGGGGAAUCACUUGUUUUGAUGUUAGGAUUAUAGUCCUUUUCAAUCGACUUUCCAGGUCUUAGCUUACAACUUCUUUGCUUUACUCUAUUUACAAGAAAUGGAAGGCGGACUUCCUGUUUAUGCCUCCCCGCUUCGGUGUCGAAUUAAGUCUUUAUUUUCCUUUAUUUCCAAAUUUAACCUACUCACGGGUAGUUGUUUUUGUAGCCAGAUUGUCACAGGAAAAAGUCAGUGUUCUCCGGUAACGGCUGUGCGGCUUCGCUCCACAGAAGAAGCAGUUGACUCUCAGCACCGUGCCGCUUGCCCCGCUUCACUCUGGAGCCCGUAAUUGGGUUCCUUUACAAAUGGGGGGGCGCGAAAGGUGCCCGCUGAGUCCCACGGUCACAGGCUUCACCCGCCUGUGAUUUUUUAAAGGGUCCCCGCUUCGCCGUAGUGGAACAGACCCGAUUUCCGUAGAGCCAUUCCCUCCGGAUCAGAGGGAGUCCACCAUUACCGAUGGCGCCACCCCGGAAGUUCCUCGCCACCCCGGAAGUUCUAGUUUUCAACCAGUAAUAAUUAUUUUGAAGAAUGCUUAAAAUGAAUUAACACCAUUGUUUUAAAUAUAUAGAAUGCCUAGUAAAACUUACCUAAUCUUAUAUAAAGCCUAGUUCUCUUAAGUUGAUAUUUCUUCAUACUGUAUCUUUCAUCAAUAUAUUCUGAUCAUUACAUUUCUCCUUGAUUAGCCACAUCACACACUCCAACUUUUGUGAAUCCAAGAUUGGCCUCAUUGAGGGGCAGUAUUUCAAUAUGCGUAGGAAAAUGAGAGUACCCCUAAACAUAUUUUUCUUAGAAAAAGAGCACUGCCUCUGAGUAUACAGGGAGAGGAUUGUGCUGUGAAUGUGCCUUUGCAUUCAAAGAGUAUUGCUUACCAGCUGGGUGAUGAAUAUUUAUGAUGGAUGGGAAUGCAAUGAGCAAGACAAGUUCAAUAAGGAACUGUAUAGAUAGUUCACUGUUCAUAUUUGAUUUCCUCAAAAGUAUAGCUUUUGUUCGGAGUCUUAGCAUGGUGCAAUAACAAGGCCAAGUUAACUAACGGAGCAAGUAAUAUAUAAAUUAGUGAUGUGGAUGCCAUUAAGAAAUCUGAUUUUUGCAGAGGCCCACUUUGAGUUUAGCACAAAAAGUUAUUGCAAGCAACAGACCUGUCAUGAACAUUUUCCCUUCUUUCUUUCAGAACGUGAACUAUCCCUUAUGAUGAAAGGAUCCCAUGAAGGAUACCAGGAGCUUAGUUCAGGCCAGUCCUCAUUCCACUAUGCCAAAUAUAAGCACCUGACAAUGGAUGUUAAACUACCGAAGAAGGAUCUAGAUUAUGCCUUUGUACGUUAUUCAUCAGCCGAACACUAAGGGCUUAUCCACACUUCCAAUUGGUCCCACUCUUUCUGGGCCUGCACUUAAAAUCUCUGUGUCUGAGUGGUUUUGUGUUUGUUUUGUCCCAGAGCUUUCCCCCAUUAUAACCUGCUCAAUUGGAGCAAACAUCCAUUCAGAUUUUGCAUGGAUUGUCAUUUGCUCCAAUUGAGCUUUAAAGAGUGGUUUUGCAGAGCAAAAAAAAGGGGGGGAUGUGCUCAGACAUGAAGCUCAGACCAUGCCUAGAAAGAGAGGAGGAAAUGUAAGUGUGCAUAAACCCUAAUGAUAAAAAGGUUCCUUUUUUUCAUUGAUGUUUUAUUUCCGGGAGGGGGAGGGGAACAGGGGAUUAAUUGUGAAAGCCACUCUGAGAAUAUAUAUCAUGUGUAUACUAAAGGGAGAAGCAUACAGGUUUUUUAAAAAUAAAAAGAUACGGAUGAGCAGACUUUGUGAGUGGACUUCCCCCAACCCUCCGGAGCAGAAUAUAAAGGUGUGCAGAAGGAUGCUGGAGGGUGGAGUUGCCAUAUUUCAAACAGUGAAAAUCCAGACAUAUGGCCUGCCAUAUGGACUUUCCCAGACAUUUUACCGAUUUUCACCCAGACACUGAUUGACCACCCUACCGGAGGGAGAAGUGGAAACUGAAAUCCUGUUGCAUAAUCCUUUCUCCUCAGGUGCAAACAGCUUUGGAUAAAAUCCUAGACAUGCAACUUUGCACUCUUUCUCAUAGAAACAUGUGGGUUUUCUUCUUCUUCCAGGGACCAAGCUCUUAUAACAGGAAAGAAAGAUCCCUCAGAGUGGAUAUAAGUUCACUUCCUACCAGCAAGAAAAUAGUGCUCGCAGAGGUGAGAAUCAGUUGCUGUCCUCCUGAAUAUUGCUUUGAAUGGAUUCUUUUGGAAGAGAAAUAGCCAUCAUUGCUUGCUUCCAUAAUCUACAGCAUAAGGGGCCAGUUUAUCGUUGUCAUUGUUACUUGUUAAUAUAAUGAUUAGGUAGACAUCAUGGACAAGGCCAUAUGUACAACGCGGUAAAAAAGAUUUCAAUUCCAAAGUAAAAUUCCAAAGCUAUCUAAAUCCUUCAGUCUGAAUCAAUUAUUGAUUUAUGGCUUAUUGAAUCACUUGCUUCUUAUUUUGUUGCUUUUGAGGAAUAAUGAAACAAUGUAAAAGGAUCUAACUAUUUAUAACUAUUUAUGCAUCUUUGCUCUGGCAGUUUUAAAUCUUUUAACAUAUUGCUUAACUAACAAAUAUGAUAAAAGUCCUUUUUUUAAAAAAAAAAAUCUAAAUUCUGAGUAGAAAUUGUAGAAAGAAGGAAGAACUUCCCCUUUAUUUAUGAUUCCCAGAAAGGCAAAUUUAUCGACAUGUUUCAAUAUGGGGGUGAAUAUAAAUUUAAUCAAUUAAUUCAUGAGUCACCCAGAAGCCAGUUUAUUGAUUGUUACAGUCUUAAUUGGUUGAUAGACACUGUUGUACGGUUUCAUUUGGUCUGCAAUAUUAAGGAAACCAAACCAAUUUACACCUCCUGGAUUAAUGCACUGAUCAGAAUAUAAUUAACCUUCAGAUUUCUCACUUCCAUGUAUUAAAAUGUGUACAUUGGGGGCAGGGGGGGAGUAUGCAAAAAGGUAUUUUGUGAUAAAAUGCAUAUUUAAAUAUUAAUUUCAGUGGAGAUUUUAAGAGGGGAUCGCAUCUUAAUGUGGAAAUGGGAUGGAAUGGAUUUGUGACUAACCACAUGGGAUACUAACACAGAUCAGCAAUAGACUGAUCCAUCCCUGUUAUGUCAUAAAGUGGGUUGCCUAGCCAAUUGAAAUAAUUGUUAGAAAUUAUAGCAUUUCUUUCACCCUUUAUCUGGCUCUAGUCAUGCAUAAUCAAGAUGCUAACGUUUGCUUAGCUGCUUGAGAACAUAGAAGGGGAUUUGCAUUGGAAUGUGUAUCCCAUUCAAAGUAAUAUAGCCUGUAUAGAAGAGGGAUGGGAAAUCUCAAGUACAGCCCUCCAGGUCUCCCUGUUCAGCCUGUGGGACUCUCCCCAGGCUGCGCACCUCACAGGCCUUAUUAUCCUCAAGUACAGUAUCUUCUUGUAUGGAAUGUGUUCUGUAACUGUGGUAAUGCCUCUUAUCUAGAUGAAGGACGGAGAGGGGUGUGUGGGUGUAAAUGGCUCACUUUUGCAUAAUGUAGCCUACUGUACAAAGGCCAUGUCAAUUGCUGCAUCCGCUGUUGGCUUCUAGGCCAUAUAGAAGGUUGUUCAUGAGGCAAUGUGACUCUGAGGCUGGAAAAAGUUCCUCACCCCUGUAUCCUCCUUUCAAUAUUUAUCUGAAUUUGUGUUAAGAUUUAUGCCCAAGGUUUCCAACCCAGUAAGUGGAAUGUGUGAACCUAAGAACCCUUGCCGAGACAAACCAAAGAACUAUCUAAUACAGCAUUCUGUUCUCACAGUGGCCAACCAGAUUCUGAUGGGAAGCCCACUCACAGGUGGGGACUGUGCUGUUGUGCUCAGGUGCUGCUUUGGGGCAUCUGAUUGGUCAUGGUAAAAACAGGAUGCUGGAUUAGACAGGCCAUUGGCUCAAUCCAGCAGGCUCUUCUUAUGUUCUUAGGACCUAAGUGCAACCACAUUCUCCCCAUUUGUGAUGCCCAGAAACCAGUACACUGAAGAUGGAACAUGGUUAAGAGCAAGUGAUAGGCUUAUUCUCAAGGAAUUCUCUAAUCCUCUUUUAAAGCUACACAGGAUGGUGGUGAAUUCUGGUGCCUCUUUUUCUAAAAGAAUAGCACUGAUGGUGGCCCAUCACUACAUCAUGUGUGAGUGAAUGUCAUACUGAAUAUGUAUUUUUUUUUUUGUCUGUCUUGAAUCUUCCAAAAGAAUUCUGUUUACAUGCAUGCAUCUUCAGAACUGACUCAGGGCAUCUAUGCACCUUGUUUCAAAGGGAGGCAAUGUAUUCCUAGGAGUGAAAUUUGUGUUUGCAUUCUGUUUUUGUUUUUUCAGAAUAAAAAAAUGGCAUUGCAUGUGAAAACAGAAGUCUGGUAAGAGAUGCUUCCUGUGUUGGAUAGCUAUAAUCUUAACUAUUUUUCUACUUGUCUGUCUGCUGGAGAAAUAUUCUUACAGGAGAUUAGCCAUGUGUUCAGGAUAUUAGUCAUUUGUAUGCAGUAUGAGCACUGUACCUAACAUUUAUUGAAUAAACAGAAUUUACAUCUAUAUAACAAGAGUCACAUUUUAUACAGAGAGGGCUGAUGUACCCUAUAGCUUUAGAGUUCUAGUAAGCCACACUUUUGUGGUGUCGUUCUGCUUAGUCUUUUUAAUCGAAAUCACUGCUGUGUAAAAACCACCACAUAAACCUUGCUGCCUUGUGAAAGCAAAUGACUUGAUGCCCCGUGAGGCUUCGCCUGCCACACAUUUUGUUAAUUGGUCAGCUCAGGGAUGUUGGCAAGCAGUCUCUAAGCUUGACUCUUGGAUGAGUAGCACCUUUUAAAAGUUCUGAAACAGAUUCUGAGAUACAAUAUGCCUGUGUUCCCCCUACCACCUUCUGUGUGGCUAUUCCAGCCAGACUGACCUAGAUGUGCGCUUGGGAUAUGGCCUUUGUACACAGGAGCAAGAUUUCUUGUGCAAAAGGCAGAAGAUUGUUGCUGGGGCGUUGAAAAAUGUUCUCAAACUAGAACAGGAUCUGCAGGAUCAUGAGGUAUGUGAUGCAGAACUCUGGCUAUCGCUGCUGUAUGAAUUAUCACAAUAUGUGGAACAGAAAUUGCAGAGAGAGUCUGGGAGCAAGAAUAAUGUGUGUCAUGGUCAGCACACCACUGUCCCAUACAAAGUUGCUUUCCUGUUCUCUGCAGUGAUUUAGUAUUACGUUGUCAGAGUGCUGCAUCUGAACUGGCCACUGUGCGCAUGAGGAAUAAUUCACCAACGAUGCCAUCUUUUCCAAGGCUUGAGUGAGCGCUGAACUUUCCAAGCAACUGCCCAAAGCGGUAUCACAUUCAUGCCAUUAUUCAUUCAUGUGCCCUGCUGAAAUUGGCUUAGUCGCCCGUUCUAUUUUCUCAUCCUCUGAGAUGAAAGCAAGCAUAAUAAAAUGCAGGCUAAAAGGGCUGUAGCUCAAUAGCAUAACAUCUGCUUGCAUGCAGAAGUUCCCAGGUUCAGUCCUUGGCAUUUCCAAGUACCGUAUUCUUUGCUCUAUAGGACUCACCGGACCAUAAGACGCACCUAGUUUUAGAGGGGGAGAACAAGAAAAAAAUUUAUCUCCCUCUCUGCGCAGCGCCCCUUCAGCAAAGCGGCAGGAGGAACGGAGCCCCUUCCAUUUCUCCUCCCGCUUCGCUGAAGGGGCGUUGCGCAGAGAGGGAAAGCUGCGCAGCACCUCUCCAGCAAAGCGAAGCCAGGAGAGCAAGAGGGAUCGGUGUGCACUGAUCCCUUUUGCUCUCCUGGCUUCAGCGAAAGCAACACGAAGCCUCCGGAGUCUUCUGGCGGCUAUCCCUGAAGCCAUGGAGCCUGUAUUCGCUCCAUAAGAUGCACACACAUUUCCCCUUAAUUUUUGGAGAGGAAAAAGUGUGUCUUAUAGAGCGAAAAAUACGGUAUUAUUUAUUUAUUAAAUUUGCAUACCGGACUCUGAGGUCCAGCUCCGAGGGCCUUCUGGAGGUUCCCUCCCAAUGAGAAGUGAGGUUACAGGGAACCAGGCAGAGGCAGAGGGCCUUCUCGGUAGUAUCACAAGCAAUGAGAGAGGAGCAUUAGCUCACCAUAGCACAUGUAUUUUUCUUGCAUCUGACUACUUCGCUCAGAUUGCUGCGCUGCCUUUAACCCUAUUGACCUCAUUAGACUGAAGAAGAAACUAGUUAGUAAGUUCUCCGCCACUGAAAACAGCAGCCUUGAAUCUGCUCCUCUUUUUCUCCUCUUUUUUGCCUCGUGACAUUUUAUCGUGUUUUUAAUUUUCUGUUGAGAGCUGCCCAGAGUGGCUGGGGAAACCCAGCCAGAUGGGUGGGGUAUAAAUAAUAAAUCCCACAGCGGGAUCCCAAAGAUCCCACAGCGGUUCACAACAGAAAAAUACAUAAUGAGAAUUCAAAAUACAUAAUAAAAACAAAACAAUAACCUCCCUCCCACAAACGCAUUUUAAAAGCCAUAGAGUGUUAUUCAGCCGAAAGCCUGGUUGAUGAGAAACGUUUUUGCAUGGUGCUGAGAAAUAUUCAAUGCAGGUUCCAGGCGAGCCUCUCUGGGAAGGGCAUUCCACAAAUAGGACUGGGAGUGUCUCCAGUCUGAAACCACAGAGAGAGAUACCGUGGGCCCAUUGAGUUCAGUAUUUUCUACCCUGACUGACAGGGACUCUCCAAUGGUUGAUAUGUUUUGAUAUUCCUGACACAUUGGGCAUACUGAAUGUUUCAAUAAACAUUUCCACUUUUAGCAUCAGUUGGAGGCUUCCCCCUUUGACUUUUUCGGCUUCUUGUUGUUGCCCCUUCCUUUGCAUGUUCUGCUGAUCUCGACAACACCAGUGGUGAUGACAUUUAAUAAUAGUUAUUAUCUAUCAGGUUUCCCAGGCUUCAGACCCAUGUAAUGAGUUAAGCAUGCAAUUAGUAAAGCGACUGUUAAAGUAAUUGCUUAAGCAUGCACUAAACUCUCCCACUGAAAUCAGCAAGACUUAAUUAAAAAUGAGGGGUUUAAAUCAGUAGUCAGCUAAAGUUUUCAUCAGUUGUGGCACAGAGAGCAAUUUUAUUUAUUUGAUUCAUUAUACUUUUAUACUGCUUAGCCAACUGUGUUCUCUUUGAAUUUUAAUCAGUGCAGGAAGGAGCAGUGAUGAUUACUAGGGUUGAGAUUUUUAAGAGCACAUGACUGCUCGAAACCAGUGGAGCACUAAUUAAACAUCCCAUCAGCACAAGGAUAUACACUUGGGCAAUGGAAGUUUCUCCCCACUCCUCCCUUAAAUCUGUUCUGGGUUGUUUCCCCCACCCCCAACUCUCUGGACCAGAUUGGGGUGUGGGGCAGAGAAUGAAGUUGUUGAAAGUGACCUUCCAUUCAGGAGUGGUAGCUGUUGUUUUCCAAAAUUACAAGUUAUAUUCCAAGUUUAGAUUGCUUCAGGAUCUAAAAAACCCCAUCCCUACUAAGGUGUUCGUAAUGUGCAAAUGUCUUCAAACAGAAUAAUCAGUUCACUGGUUAAAAAGCAGAUUCUGCAAUUUAUUUUAUUGAUUGACAGGCAUAAUUAAAAUACUUCAGUUUCUUGUGCAUUAUCCUGCUUUUCCACAGUCAUCUCUAGUUUGUUUGUUUUUAAAGUAAUAUAUUGCUUACAUGCAAAUUAAUUUCAAAGGGGGCAUGCAUAUCAUGAGAUGUGUGACAUGUGUGUUGCAUGUCAUGAUUACAUAUUUGAGACAGCUGUCCAAAUAUGUAUACAGUCAUGCCACACUUCAUGCAUUACCAUAGAUGAGAUUUUCUAUGCAAAUUGGUAAAACAUGUAUGAAACUGUGGUCUGCAAAUAGGCUUAUGUUGGGGAGGAGAAGUUGUGAGACGGAGGAGAUUUUAAAGAAGGCAUUGACCAAAACAAAUGAAUGAGAGGGAUGUGAGAGAGAUUGUAUUUUCAGUUAGCCUGGUUAUGGAAUGCUCUGAACUGAUAUGCAAUGUCUAAAAGAAAAAUAGGCUAGCUGUGAAACUGGGUAUGAAGCAACUGUUUACUAAUAUCACAAACUGGCAGAAUAACUGCCUGAAUAAUAAUGAAGAACAGCUGAUUCAUUCUUUGCAGUUUGUAAUUUAUCUCUAUUAUUGAAUAUAUUGCUUAAUUAAUUAAUUACCACCUUUAUAAAGGCUCUGUGGAGUAGAAAAUAUUAACAGUGAAUUAUCAGUUUCCACUUUUGCAUCAUCAAGCAUGAUGGGUCCUAACAGCACAUUUCUUUCUUGCUGCCAGUCUCUUCUAAUCCAGAAAUAGAUUAGCUGCAGAUUUACUUUGCCAGAUCCCCACAGCAGGGAGGCCAGACCCCUCAUGGGUUCAUGGGGCCACCAUCUGCACAGAGGUCAUAAUGGUGUCCAUAUGUGAAGUGUCCCUGCAUCUUCGUGUGCUCUAGCUUGCUUGUUUAUGCAUUGCAGGUUCCAGUAGUUGCAAUUAUAACGACAGGGGGCAGUACAAGAUCACUGACUGCGUUCUAUGGAAGCCUACGAGGUCUUCAGAAGUUAAAUCUCUUAGACUGUGCUACAUACUUAACCGGUUUGUCUGGCACAACAUGGUAAGGACAGAGACAUUGGGUUCUAUGUGGAGUUAUAGAAGUUAGCCUUGUUUGAUCUGUAGGUUACUUAAAUGCUUGGUUGAACAUAAAACGGAAUCAUUGAUCUAUAUCAGUAUCAAAGCUCUGGCUUGCUAUUGUUUGUGAACCUUUUCCAGUGUUGUUCUAACUUGAAGACACAAGAGUCAGUAGAGACAUUUACAUACUUGGCUGGAUCUAGACUUAUUUGCAGUGAACUUGCAGUAGACCCACUGAAAUCAAUGUUAGAAGUUAAAUGUGAUAAAAAAUAGCAUGGCACCAGCCCUUUCAUUAAAAGCCAUCAAUUCCCCAAGAAUCUGUAGUGAUGCAAAUAAGACUAGAAUCUGAAGUUGCCAACUAAAUGUAUUUGUAGGUUUGGAAUAGACAAAAGAAAAUUCCUCUUUCCAUAACUGUUUAUCAAUAGCUAGCAGCUAUGAUCAAUAAAUAGAAAUACCAUGUUGAGAGAGAGCAUACCUUUAGAAUACCAUUAGGGUACAAUAGGAGAGCCGUUGACUUGUGGACUUCCUAGAGGCAUCUGUCUGGCACCACUAUUGGAAACAGGAUGUGUUGCUAAAAGGAACAACAUCCAAAUGGAUUCCAGGAUCAAGCAACAUAGCAGCCCUCAUCCAAGCAAAACAACUGGAAGGUACCAAACUGUAUAAGCUUAUGUUCUCACACUGUCCUUCCAUGUCUUUCCUUUCUCAGGACCAUGGGGAACUUGUACAGAGAUGCUUGUUGGUCCAAAAAAGAUUUGGAUGAGCAAAUCAAUGAGGUGAAAAGACAUGUGACCAAGUGCAAGUUGGAUGGCUUUUCCAUAGAGCGUUUGAAAUAUUACAACAGGCAGCUGCGUGAGCGGAAAGAAGAGGGACAAAAGACAUCCUGUAUAGACCUAUGGGGGCUCCUUAUUGAAUAUUUGUUACAUGAUGGGGUACAGUACUUUUGUUACUUCCUGAGUUUAUUUUUAGCCUGUUAAAUAGCACAGAUCAUCCAGGCAUACUGGAUAUAACUUAGACAUUUAUAAAUCUAGGCCUUUGAGUUGGGAGAGAUGCUAGUGUGGAAAAGCUAGGCUGACAGGAACUGAGUUUGAGAGGGUCACUGCUGCCAUCAUAGUACACUCACAAUUUUGUUGUCUUGUGUCCCCGUAUGCUCAAAUAAGUUUUGUGGAUAAUUGAAAGAAUAUAAAAACAACAACAACAAACCCACAAAGCCUGUUGUGCCAGAGGCGAAAGUAGGGUGAGUGCAUACGGCAUGAACAAUCAUCUUUCACCUUGCACUCAACUGCCUCAAAAAAUAAUCUGCCUCCAGGCUCAGCAUUAAAAACAACAACAAAUAAACAAAUUAAUAUGAUGCUUAAAUGAAACCUUCAUUAUGCUCAGAGAUGUUGCUCCUCAGUAUAACAUUCUAUUUCACCCACAAUGUGAUGCCAAAAUCACAUUGGACCAGUGGUUUUCAACCUGUGUUCCAUGACACCCUGGGGUGCCUUGAAUGAUGGCCAGGGGUGCCACGGGCAACACUGGCCUCUGUCCCUCUUUCCUUGCCUCCCUCCUCUGAUGCCCUCUCACAUCUCUGCCUCCCCAAGGCUUGCACAGUUGUUUGUUGCAGCAGCCCUGCCUACAAGCUCCUCAGGGGAGUGGUGCCUCUGGAGCUGGCCAGGGGGUCCUGAUUGCCAGAAGCUGAGGUGGCCUUGGAGUAAGCAAGCAAGUGGGUGAGGGAGCCCAGCCAGCCAGUCUGCCAGCCCUUGCUGUUGGGAAUAGACAGACAAGUCCCAAGCCCCUGUGGGGCAAUGUGAGGAGGUACCUCUCUCUGGAUCUGGGGUGGGGAGCUCAGAGACCAGGGAUGGCAGCAGUGGCUGCCCGGAGUACUCCCAAAAAGAGGGGAGAGGAGAUGAGGCUGAGGGAACACUCCAAGAGGGUAUUUGAAAAAGGGUGAGGGGCUGCCAGCUCUGCAGGGAAGGAGUGACCUAACUGGGCUACUGAGCCCCACAGGGGUGCCGCAGAAAGAAUGUAGUUGGUUAAGGGAGCCGUGGACUCAAAAAGUUUGAAAACCUCUGCAUUAGACCACUUUCUUUUUCCUGAGCCAAUCUUAUAUUUCUUUCAAUCAACACAGAAAGACAACCAUAAACUGUCUGAUCAGCAGCAAGCAAUUAAUGAGGGCCAGAAUCCUUUACCAAUCUACACUGCAAUCAAUGUGAAAGAGAAGUACAGCACUAUGGAUUUCAAUGGUAGGAUAUUUUUGUUUUUUAAUCUGUCGCUAGAUCCUCAUCUCCAAUUGUUUUUUGUGAGAGAAAAAUGAGGGAGUAGGAGUUUGGUAUUGCCUCAUGAUUGGAAAGCCACCUUAACCAACUAUGUAAAAGUUGGGUAAAGGUAACGGGACCCCUGACCAUUAGGUCCAGUCGUGGCCGACUCUGGGGUUGCCGCACUCAUCUCACUUUAUUGGUCGAGGGAGCCGGCGUACAGCUUCCGGGUCAUGUGGCCAGCAUGACUAAGCUGCUUCUGGCGAACCAGAGCAGCACACAGAAACGCCAUUUACCUUCCCACCGGAGCGGUACCUAUUUAUCUACUUGCACUUUGACAUGCUUUUGAACUGCUAGGUUGGCAGGAGCAGGGACUGAGCAACGGGAGCUCACCCCGUCGCGGGGAUUUGAACCGCCAACCUUCUGAUCGGCAAGUCCUAGGCUCUGUGAUUUAACCCACAGCGCCACCCACGUCCCAAAAGUUGGGUACAAAUGUAAUAAAUACAUGAAGUCCAGAGGCAAUGUGGGUAUCAUAACCCCACUGAGAAUGCUGUCCCUGCAGAUGUGUAGAAACAUAAAAGAGAUCACUCUAGCAUACCCUCAAACUGCCCUGAUUUUCCAGGGACAAUCCUGGAAUUACAAAAGCCAUCCCGGCUUCUGAUCUGAUCCCAGAAUGUUCCGCAACUGCUGAUCCCGGAAUUUCCUCCGCAACGGAGCUCAAAGAGGAGGAUGAGCCAGAGCUCCUGCCAAGCGACGGCAGAGGGGAGCAUCCUCUUGCCUCUCCAUGGCUGCUGCUGCCAACUUCCUCCCAUGGGCAGCUUGUAGCGGCUGCUGGAGAGCAGAUGAGGAGGAGGAGAAGAGGCUGCUGCUGCUGCUAGGCCCAGGCCCAUGUGACAUGCUGGCUCUGAGGGGCUGGCUGAGGGCAGGGCUGCCCUGGGCAGGAAAAAGGGGGAGUGGAGCACAAGGAGUCUUGAUUUAAAAUAAUAAUAAUAAUAAUAAUAAUAAUAAUAAUAAUAAUGCUUUGUGCAUCUGCGUCUAAUCUUGCCCCUUUCUUAAAUUUUUUAUUUGUGUGUGUUUUUCUUUUUGCGCGUCGAGGUCCCCAAGACACCCCCCCAAAGAAAAACACAAUUGACACUUAAUUUUUGUUUAAGGUUUUUGGCAUAAUUUUGGCCACAACUUUAUUCAAAUUACAGCAAUGUGAGUGGUUGCUUAGGCAUUGGUAGCACUAACUGACCCCGCCCGGGGACAGCUCUGACAUUUGCUCCCCCCGCGAAGUCAGCAAGGGUAAGUCACCUGGGGAGAGAGACGGGACUGGGAACCAUGCCUCACCUCUCCCCAGAAUGCUCCCAGAGGCUUGCGUGGCCCUAGCCCCUUGCCAGGGGGUUUUGGACAAAAGCAUGGGGAACCCCUGGGUUCCUUUAAUGGAAAACCCUUGAAGCAGCAGCAGCAUUUUGGAGGGGCAGGCACAGCCAAAUCCAUACCCCUCCACCAACCAAUUCCAAGACCAAUGCCUAACCGCAAACCUUACAAGUAGUGACGAUUUGCUACACAGCAGGCAAAAACCAAGUGGCACACACUAAUCAGCCAAAUGGACAAAAUUCCUACCGGGCCCCUGCCCCAAAGCAGACGACCCCAUGACAGGCAUAGCAAGGUCAAGCAAACAGCCUAAAAUUAGGGAAGGGAUGGCGGGUGAUCCGAAGUAAGCAGCGAAAACAGGAAGUUCUUGGCUGCGAGCAUUGUAUUUAACAAAUAGGGCUGUCAAUCAGCAAAUGGCAACAUCUAGAUUUCCCCAGUAACAGCCCGGCCCUGCUUAAAGGAUGGCCAAGCCAUUUGCCUAGUAACAGUGAGGUGUCUUGUCAGCCCCGCCCGCAACCUGUGCUCUCCAUGAGGGAGAACACACUUUGUAAAUCUACCAAAGAAUAAAAUAAAACUGGGGUUAAGGGGUUGUCUCAGGACAGUGGAGGGCAUGUGUUCUGUGUCCCAUUGGUGUGGUGGUGGUGGGGAUGACAAAAAUGGGGGGUUAAGGAGGGUCAGUUGGGGGGAGUGAGAAAUGUCCCUCUUUUCAUCUGAGGAAUGUUGGAGGGUAUGCUCUAGCUGGCUUGCAGUUUCCACCUAAGGUCUGCUUCAGAGCUGGGGCUUCUCCACACUUACAUUUUGCUCCAUAUUUUCCAGGUACAGGUCCACACUUUAAAGCUCCAUGUCUGAGUGCUCUCUUUUUUUGCACCAGAACUUUCCCCACAAAAACCUGCUCCUUAAAGCUGGAGCACAACAAAUGGCAAUUUGGGCUUUCCGUGGAUUGCCAUUUGCUCCAGUAGAGCAGUAAAGAGUGGUUUUCGUAGGGAAAGCUCCAAAGCAAAAAAAAAAUAGAGCGCUUGGACAUAGAGGUUUAAAGCACAGACCAUGCCUAGAAAGCACAGAGGAAAGAAAGGUAACUGUGGCUAAGCCCUUAUAAUGCAAUGACCUAGUUUGCACAUGACAUUUAACCAAGCUAUGCUUUAAUGUGAGCAACAAGUGUGCUACUGCACACUGUGAUUUCCUUGGACAGGGUGAGCUAUAAGUUAAGCUAAAGAAGAAAAUGUGUCUUAAUUCAUAGAUGGAGAGAGAGAGAGAGAGAGAGAGAGAGAGAGAACACUUUGCUCAUGUUCUUGUAAAUGUGAUUGUAACUGCAGAAUGGGUUGAGUUCACACCCUAUGAAGUGGGGAUACUAAAAUAUGGAGCUUUUGUCCGUGCUGAAGAUUUUGGAAGUGAAUUCUUUAUGGGGCGUCUGAUGAAGAGGAUUCCAGAGACUCGGAUCUGUUACCUACAAGGUUCUUAUGAUUUUUGUUUAAUAAUGAAGUAGCAAUAAUAUAACCGAAUUAGCAAUCAAGUCCAUGUAGUAUGGGUAGUAACAGAGCUGUAUGAUCUGUCUAAAAUCAUAUUGAUGUACAUGAGCAUGUAGGGUAUCUGAAACCCACACCAAAACUGUAAUGAAUUACCUUUUCUAUGAAUAGGUCAGUUUAAGGCAUAAAUGCUAGCUGGAACAUAAGAAGGGCCUGCUGGACGAGACAGCCAGUUCCCACAGUGGCCAACCAGAUGCCUGUGGAAAACCUGAAACCAGGACCUGAGCACAACUGCACUCUCCUCAACUGUGAUUCCCAGAAACUAGAAAUACCAAUAAGCUACAAUUGUAGCCCAAAUUGUCACUCAACCAGUUCCACAGUCAUUGUUUAGUAUUGGUAGAACUAGUCAAGACAGUGUGAAACGAAAGGAAAACAGACUGUUAUCUUUAAUGUUAAGUGCAACAAUCUCUGUACAAUAGUUCAGGUUGUUGUUGUUGUUUAGUCGUUUAGUCGUGUCCGACUCUUUGUGACCUCAUGGACCAGAGCACGCCAGGCACUCCUGUCUUCCACUGCCUCCCGCAGUUUGGUCAGACUCAUGUUUGUAGCUUCGAGAACACUGUCCAACCAUCUCGUCCUCUGUCGUCCCCUUCACCUUGUGCCCUCCAUCUUUCCCAACAUCAGGGUCUUUUCCAGGGAGUCUUCUCCUCUCAUGAGGUGGCCAAAGUAUUGGAGCCUCAGCUUCAGGAUCUGUCCUUCCAGUGAGCACUCAGGGCUGAUUUCCUUAAGAAUGGAUACAGUGGUGCCCCGCAAGACGAAUGCCUCGCAAGACGGAAAAACCGCUAGACGAAAGGGUUUUCCGUUUUGAAGUUGCUUCGCAGGACGAAUUCCCCUAUGGGCUUGCUUCGCAAGACGAAAAUACCUUGCGAGUCUAGAGAUUUUUUUUUCGCUUUUCCCCCCCUUUAUCUAAUCUGCUAAGCCUUUAAUAGCCUUUAAUAGCCUUUUAGCAGCUAAUCCCCUAAACCUUUAAGCCUUUAAUAGCCGCUAAACCGCUAAUAGCGCUAAUAGCGCUAAUCCGUCAAUGGGCUUGCUUCGCAAGACGAAAAAACCGCUAGACGAAGACUCUCGUGGAACGGAUUAAUUUCGUCUUGCGAGGCACCACUGUACGUUUGAUCUUCUUGCAGUCCAUGGGACUCUCAAGAGUCUCCUCCAGCACCAUAAUUCAAAAGCAUCAAUUCUUCGGCGAUCAGCCUUCUUUAUGGUCCAGCUCUCACUUCCAUACAUCACAGUCAAAGGCUUUUGCAUAGUCAAUGAAGCAGAAGUAGAUGUCUUUCUGGAACUCUCUAGCUUUCUCCAUAAUCCAGCGCAUGUUUGCAAUUUGGUCUCUGGUUCCUCUGCCCCUUCAAAAUCCAGCUUGCACUUCUGGGAGUUCUCGGUCCACAUACUGCUUAAGCCUGCCUUGUAGAUUUUUAAGCAUAACCUUGCUAACGUGUGAAAUGAGUGCAAUUGUGCGGUAGUUGGAGCAUUCUUUAGCACUGCCCUUCUUUGGGAUUGGGAUGUAGACUGAUCUUCUCCAAUCCUCUGGCCACUGCUGAGUUUUCCAAAUUUGCUGGCAUAUUGAGUGUAGCACCUUAACAGCAUCAUCUUUUAAAAUUUUAAAUAGUUCAGCUGGAAUAUCAUCACUUCCACUGGCCUUGUUAUUAGCAGUGCUUUCUAAGCCCCAUUUGACUUCACUCUCUAGGAUGUCUGGCUCAAGGUCAGCAACCACACUACCUGGGGUGUACGAGACAUCCAUUUCUUUCUGGUAUAAUUCCUCUGUGUAUUCUUGCCACCUCUUCUUGAUGUCUUCUGCUUCUCUUAGGUCCUUUCCACUUUUGUCUUUUAUUAUGGUAAUCUUGUACGAAAUGUACCUUUCAUAUCUCCAAUUUUCUUGAACAGAUCUCUGGUUUUUCCCAUUCUAUUGUUUUCCUCGAUUUCUUUGCAUUGCUCGUUUAAGAAGGCCUUCUUGUCUCUCCUUGCUAUUUUUUGGAAAUCUGCAUUCAGUUUCCUGUAUCUUUCACUAUCUCCCUCACAUUUUGCUUGCCUUCUCUCUCCUGCUAUUUGUAAGGCCUCGUUGGACAGCCACUUUGCUUUCUUGCAUUUCCUUUUCAUUGGGAUGGUUUUAUUUGCUGCCUCCUGUAUAAUGUUACGAGCCUCCAUCCAUAGUUCUUCAGGCACUCUGUCCACCAAAUCUAAAUCCUUAAACCUGUUCCUCACUUCCACUGUGUAUUCAUAAGGGAUUUGACUUAGAUUGUAUCUUACCGGCCCAGUGGUUUUUCCUACUUUCUUCAGUUUAAGCUUGAAUUUUGCUAUAAGAAGCUGAUGAUCUGAGCCACAGUCAGCUCCAGGUCUUGUUUUUGCUGACUGUUUAGAGCUUCUCCAUCUUCUAUAGUUCAGGUACCUCUAUGCAAUUGUACACCAAUUGUACGGCCUCGGCCCAGUAUACCUGAAGGAGUGUCUCCACCCCCAUCGCUCAGCCUGGACACUCAGGUCCAGCGCUGAGGGCCUUCUGGCGGUUCCCUCACUGCGAGAAGCAAAGCUACAGGGAACCAGGCAGAGGGCCUUCUCGGUAGUGGCGCCCGCCCUGUGGAACGCCCUCCCAUCAGAUGUCAAAGAGAUAAACAACUACCUGACAUUUAGAAGACAUCUGAAGGCAGCCCUGUUUAGGGAAGUUUUUAAUGUGUGACAUUUUAAAGUAUUUUUAGUCUUUGUUGGAAGCCGCCCAGAGUGGCUGGGGAACAAAUAAAUUAUUAUUAUUAUUAUUGUUAUUAUUAUUAUUAUUAUUAUUAUUAUUAUUAUUAUUAAUCCUUAAGAGCACCUUAGAACACUCAGGAUGCUACACAGAGAUUAUCUCAGUAAUUCAACAACAUUGUAGGGUGGGCCAAUACUACUGUCCUCCUAUGGGACUGGGAACUGAGGAACAGUGACUACCUAGUGAGUUCAUAGGAGAAUUGAUAUUAGAGCCAGGAGCUUUGUAAUUCAUAGCUCGCAAGCAAUGAGAGAAGGGCAUUAGCUCACUAUAGCACAUGCAUUUUUCUUGCUUCUGACUACUUCGCUAAGAUUGCUGUGCUGCCUUUAACCCUAUUGACCUCAUUAGACUGAAGCAGAAACUAGUUAGUAAGUUCUCCGCCACUGAAAACAGCAGCCUUGAAUCUGCUCCUCUUUUUUGCCUUGUAGCCCAACAAGAUAUCGUCAGGUGAAUUUCUCUAUCCCUACCUAACUUCAUUGGCUGGCAUUUCUGGAGGCAGGGAAAUUCACAAUGCAAUGAUAUCACAGCAGAAAGAAGAGAUGCAAGCCUCGUGCUUUUGAUGGCUAGAGAAUCUCCCAUAGCUUCAGUCACUGAGUAUUUGUGCAUGACAGAGGCCUAUACCAGGAGCUACUCUGGGCCACCACUCUGAUGUCUGGCAUUAUUUGUUCAGUGUUAAAAUAACUUUGCAUAUGUUAUGUCAGGAUCCCUUCCAUUGUAACAAAUGCUAAGGUAAUGUAGGUGAAGUAAGGAUUGAAACAAUGCUUAUAAUCUGUGAAGGGAUAAUGAUUUGUCCAAUGCUACCAGUGAAUUGUGUGGGUGUGUGGCUCUGAUUCAUAAUCACAGUAGCGCUCACAGAGUCCCCUGAUUAGUGGAAAGAAACGCAAACAUGUUCUGAGUUUACACACCCACACAACUGAAAGAAUACACCCUGUACUUGCCUUAGCCAACCCAUUAAAGCAGAAUGGGCAAGUCGCCACAAAUAAUCUGCUGACACAAGGGUAGGUACAGCAGAGGCAAAUGGCGGCAGGGCAAUUGAUACAUUGUCAGCACAAUGCCAGGCAUCAGAAGACUUGGGUGUCUGAAGACAUGGAGCAUGUGCAGCCGGUGGUAGCCUAUUUAAGGCCAAUGAGGCUGCGUACAGGAAGGAGAUGCCCAGAGUUGAGCAAGACUGCAGUACUGGAAGGGCGGAGGAGGAAGAACUGCCUCCUCACCCUAGCCUGAGGUUACUACAGGGGUGGCUGUGUGAUGCAAAGAGAAGACUGAGCACAGUGCAUAGAAGAUACAGCACAUAUGGCAGAGUGUAUGGAAGCCCUCCAGGACCCUUGGCAAAUAGUUUGCAGCCCACAGUCAAUCUCUUCUUCUGACCACAUGGUAGUAGAGGAUUCCUGCUGUGCCCCAGUCCUCUAGGGCAAGCCUGCGGAGAGUGGGGGGUAGCCAGGUGCACACUUGCCCCAGGUCUUGGGGGGCUAAGCUGGACAGAGGGCCCUGCCGGGGGCCUGCCACACUGCCUGCUCCGGGGCAUGAGCUACAAUGGCACAAAUGGAAUUCCUAAAAGCAAGGACCGUUCUGCCUUCAUCAUAGUUUCUUAAGCAUGCGUCUGUUUGAACAUGGAGAUUGCAAAUGUGUGCUCUGAUUAAACAGUGCAAUUUACUGCAAAAAAUAAAUAGUAUUUUUUCAGUAGAAUAAUGCUAAAUUGUUAUCGAUUAUCCCUCACUGUACAGGCAUGUGGAGUAGUAUAUUUUCCCUGAAUUUGCUGUAUUUCUGGAAUGAUUCUCAAAGCCCAGAGGACUUCUGGCACAAGUGGACACAAGACCAAAUAGCUGACAUUGGUUAGUUAUUUUCCUAAGUGGCCUUUGACCUAUUGAUUGUGUUCUAAACUGAUCUGUGAGCAAUGAACAAAUAUUUUGGAACUUUGCUGCCUGUAUAUUAUUAGUGUUGGCUCCUUGUAAGCACAUUUGUCUAAAUGUUUUCAGAUUUGCGUGUGUAGGUCCCCAGGCCACCCAUCAAAUAACUUCACACAUAACACAUAUUUUAGUUUUGGUUUUGGGGCACUAUUUUGGCCCAAAAUUAUUAAAAUACAAAAUCAGUGAGUGGUUGUUUAGACAUUGGUUAUGACUAUCUGUCCCCCCGCCUGGGACAGAACUGACAUCCCGAGGUCCGAUCGGUAGCCAGUAGAAGGGAAAGUCAAACUUGGGGGUCAUUUGAGCUAAGCGUCGGACCCACGCCGCUCACCCCAGCAGCUCCCCGAAAGCUUGCCGGCCCAGAUCCUAUGACAAGGAUUCCCAUGACAGGGAUUGGGCGGCCCUGGUCCCAUGACAGGGAUUGGACGAAAUCAUGGCAAGCCCCAGGAUUCCUUUAACGGAAUUCCCUUCAGCGCAAUGGGAGGGGCAGGCACGGCCUAUCCUGACCCCUCCACCACCAGCAUAUUAUAACCAAUGCCUAACCGCAACCUUACAAGUUGUGACGAAUUGCUGAGUAGUAGGCAAAAACCAAAUGGCACAGCCAAUCACCAAAUGGCAAAAUUCCUACUAGGCCCCUGCGCCAAGGCAGACGACCCCAUGACAGGCAAAGCAAGGUCAACCGGAAAAGAGGGCGGGCGGACGGGUGAUCCGAUGCACUCUGCAAAGAGAAAGAGAAACCAGAGUGCACCAAUAUUUAAAGACUAUGGUCCCACCCACCCAAUUUGCAACAUACAAUUUGCCCCAGCAACCCGGUUAUCCAAUCACAAUGCCAGGCAACAACUAUUAACCUGCCUGUCAACCAGAGGCCUGGCCCGGCGGCCCACACCGCAACACGUGCUCUCAUUUAUUGGAGAACAUGCUUUGUCUAAAUGUUUUCAGAUUUAGUCAUCCUUGUAUUAGACAACUGAAGCUCUAAAUUGUGUGUGUGUGUGUGUGUGUGUGCGUUUAAUGUUAAACGAUGAUUUUGAAUGAGGGCUCAAAAUGAUUUUCUGCUUUUGCUGAUUGAGCAGACACUUCCACAAAAUAUUUCUCUUUUGGAAAGGAUUGUAGUUUGGAAAGGACUGUAGUUUCAGAAAUUUAUAAAUUUUAUAAAUUCAUCGUUGCUGCUUUUCCUUUGUAGAUACAGAGCCUCAUCUACCCCCUCGACCACAUGAGCAAAAGACACAUCUGUACACCCCUGCUGGACCGCUAUCCAGUGCAUUUAGAGAUGUGCUUACUGAUCGCCUAUCAGUUGCCCAGUACCACAAUUUUCUCAGAGGUCUCCAACUGGACAAUGGCUACCUUGAGAAUGACAGUUUCCGUAGAUGGAAAGGUAUUAUCAUUUGGGAUAUAUAUAUUCUAAUGUAAAAAACAUGCUGCCUGAGCUCAGUCUGAAAUUAGAAUAAGCACACUGCUUGCCAAGGCUCCUCACUCAACAUUCCACCCGAAUGUCCAGUCCAUGGGUAUGUCGUGUUAUUGUUUGUGCACAUGCUAGAUCAUGCUAUGGGCUUGAAUGCAUUAGGUGGCAGUGGCUGUGUGCUAACUGAGCUUCAAUGGGUCUUUGCCUAGUUAUUGUGCCCCUCCCAUGAGCCCCAGGCAGAGAGGUCAAGGGUCAAGGAUGAUGGGAGCUGUAGUCCAAUGAUAUCUGGAGGGCACUACAUUGGCUAUCCCUGCUGUUAGUGGUUCCUCUUUGAUUAUUUGUUUAAUUGCCACAUACCUGAUAGUGCUUCCUUUAAAGAAGAGCAGAGCUGUAAUUAUCAUAUAAAUAUUCUCAAAAAUAAAUGAGAUUCCCCCCCCACCGCCACCACCACCACUCUUCUAGAAAUGGAUAGCCACUUUGCAGAAUUUUCUCUGAAUAGUCUCCAUCUCCCUCCUACCCCAAUUCUCUGGAAUGAUGCUAGGUCCAGGGCAUUUUGUAGGAUGCAAAAUGGUGGCAAGGCUGCCAUGCAAUUGCUGCCACUGCUAUCUACAGCAAGAGCAAAAAAUCUUAGGAAAAAAGACAGAAGCUGUGCUAUUGCAAUUGCCAAUGGUUAGCCCCCACACCCAAGAAACCAUUGGAGAAGUUCUUUGCCCCAAAAUAGGUGGAGAAUUUUUAGGAGUCAUUACUGGACAGCUCUAGUUUGGGGGCCUGUGUUUAUUAAAGCAAAGCAUAGUUCCACCCUUAGGCAAAUAACUGAAACUUUAGACAAUAUUUGUAAAGUACUCAACAUCUGAAACUGAAGAAGAGAAAUUGUAGGAGAAAAUUUCUAAGUACGGCUCUUCUUUAAAGUUGAGUAGGAACAAAGAAAACUCCAGGUUGGAGAAGAUUGCCUCUGUGGCAAUGAAAACUCGAGCUUACUCUGUUCCACUUAAAACUGAUUCUGUUUUGCCAUUUAGGUACUAUACUCGAUGCUUCUUCACCCAAUCAGCUGACUCAAACAGAAGAGUACUUGUCACUAGUAGAUACUGGAUUCUUCAUCAAUACAAGCGUUGCACCUAUACUGAGAAAAGAGCGGAAGGCAGACAUUAUCAUACAUCUAAAUUACAGUGCAGGAUCACAGAAGUUGGUGAGAAAUGCAUCUUUCCCAUUUCUGCCCAUCUCUUUAUGAUGAGUAUCAUAAAUGAUGGCUAUAGCUAAGUACAGUCGUACUUGGAUCCCGAAUACCUUGGCUCCCAAACAAAUUGGCUCCUGAAUGAUUGAAACCUGGAAGUGAGUGUUCCAAUUUUCAAACGAUUUUCAGAAGCUGAAUAUCUGGCGCAGCUUCCAUGGCUUCUGAUUGGCUGUAGGAGCUUCUUGCAGCCAAUCAGAAGCCACGCUUUGGUUUCCAAAUGUUUUGGAAGUUGAACGGACUUCCAGAAUGGAUUCUGUUUGACUUCCAAGGUACCCUAUAUCACAGUCCCUAUGUCACAGUCCAAGGGCCCUGUAUCCUUUCCCUCCAACUCCUAUCUUCCUUCGGACAUAUCUAAGGCAAGCUUCAGUUGUGGGGGGAGGAGAGAGAAGAGGAAAGGUACUGGAAAGAGGAGGUCUAGAAAAGUAGGUAGGGAGGAAGCUGAGAGACGAGAGCAAGACUGAUUCAGGAAACAAGCUGCAGGAGUAAGAAAAGACUAGGAGAAAGCCCUUGAAUAAGUUGGAGGCUGGGGUUACUGUAAAUGUCUCUGACUGUGAAUCAUCCUGCCCUGACAUCUGAAUUGCUAUGAUGUCACAGAAUGUUCAGGAGAAACUACUAACACAGAGCCUAAGGACACAAGGAACACAUUGUUUCUCGUAGGACAGGCUAUGCAGAGACAAGAUGAAAUAAUUUCCCCUGAUCCCUCACCUACAUAUGAGUCCUUUGUGUUACCUCUUAGUAGCUAACAUUUCCCCAGGGAGUUUCAAAGAGAGUUCUGGUAGGUGUCUGCUCUUGGAAGGAAAUUGUACAGAGAAAUGAGGAGUACUGAAUUUAAAAUAAGCCUUUCCACAUUUAGCAUACUAUCAUAUUACUAACCACCCAGAGUGGCUGGAGUGACCCAGUCAGAUGGGUGGAGUAUAAGUAAUAAUAGUUAUUACUACUACUACUUUUUUCCACCUAGCCCCUGGAACAGUCAUGCAAGUAUUGUGCAGAACAAGGAAUCCCAUUUCCCAAAGCUGUGAUACAUGAAGAUGACAAACACUUGAAGGAAUGCUAUUUGUUUGACAAUGCAGAGAAUCCAGAAGCACCAAUAUUAGUAUUUUUCCCACAAGUGAAUGAUAGCUUUCGUUACUACAAAGCACCCGGUAUGCCAUUAUUAUUAUUAUUAUUAUUAUUAUUAUUAUUAUUAUUAUUUGUACAUUAUAUUUACAAAGUUAUAUUUUAAAAGGCAGUUCUGUAUUUAGUGGUUUAUUAUCUACAUGUUUACAGAUGAGGAGAAAGAGGAUAACAGAGGAAAGGGAGAAACACAGAAAAUCCAUUUCCCCCACACAUUUUGGAAGCAAAUAAAUUCCUCUAAAAACCACUAGAGUCAAGCGUCUGUCCUCAGAAAUGACAAAAUCUGCAGAUUUGAACUCAGUUAUAUAUCUUAUGAGGACCCACAACUGUGCAUCUUCUUUAGCACAGCUAAGGAAGUCUAGCUUCAAAGAAAGUACUGCCAGUGCCAGCCUUAACAUGGCAAGUCUAGCUGACAUUGGCUGAGCUUAAACUGGCUUUUUGAAGUUGAAUGGACCUGCCUCCUAAAAUCUAAUCCUUCCCACCAUUGUUCUCUAAGACCUUGCUGUUAGGUCGGGCCUUUGGAAACUAAGGUGCAGACGAUGCUGAUCAUUGGGCUGCUGUCAGGGCAAAUUAUAUUUAAAAUGCUAGCUUUAGAUAUGUUGUGAUGUAUUUUAAUUAUCAUUUUUAACUAGCUGCUUGUUUUGAUUAUUCUGUAUUUUAUAAUGGAUGUUUCUAAAAUGUUGUAAACCACCUUGAUUGAAUCCCAACUUGGGAGAAAAGCGCGCUAGAAAGACAUUGAAUAAAUAAAUAAGUUAAAUCUGUAUUCAUGAGGCACUGUGAUAGUCAGGUGGUUGGCACUGGCAGGUGGCAGAGUUUGCUCAUCAUCUGGUAGUGGUGGCUGGUCAGCCACCAGCACACUGAUAAUACUCAGGCGCCUUGCACCAGGUGUCUUGUUCAACAACUCUGCAUUUGUAAUGCUCAUAAACUUGGCUCAUGGAACCCCUUAACCUCCUCAGUUCUUCAUUAGACUGAUCAAUUCCUGAAAAUGCCUUGUUUAUCUCCUUGGAUCAGAGGUGUGAGGCAUGCUGUUUCAUCAAGAUCUCACUGUCUUUCAUCUUUUUUUGUUUUGCUUUUGAUUGAAUAAAACUGUUCUCUUAACACUAUAGCAGAGUUGUAAAUGGAACCUACACUUCUUCAAUGUUUUCAGCAAUGGCCAAACUAGUCAUUUCACAAAAUGCACAGUGUGCAACUAAUUCUUGUUUCAUUCCCCUGCUUUAUUUAAUGAACUACAGGCACAGGGGCCCCAGAUUGUCAUCAGAUCAUCAGUUCCUUUUUCAGCCGUGAUCCACAACCUUCCCCCACCCCCAGGGAUGUCUAUAAGACUUUGGGGAAAAGCUCCCAUUUUUAUCCUAAGCUUCAUAGCCAUGCCAAGGAGGACUUUGGUCCAGAUCAUAGCUGGAGAUGGAAGGAAUACACCUCUUCUCCCUGUGCACUGCGGUCCUGAUGACAAUUCUAGAUAAAGAUAUAGAGAUAGAGAUAGAGAGAGAGAGAGAGAGAGAGAGAGAUAAGUAGAGGGGGGGAGACAUAAUUACUUGCUACUCACUGCAGAAAAGCCCCUUGCACAAUAUAUGAAGGGUCUUAAUUUCCUAGCAUGGAUGUAUCAAGCCUCAAUAACAGUACCACUAGCAUACAAUCCAAGAAAUUCAGUUUUUAAACAGUAGUAGUAGUAGUAGUAGUAGUAGUAGUAGUAGUAGUAGAAUUUAUAUACCACCCUAUACUGGGAGGUCUCAGGGCAGUUCACAGAAAAGAAAACAUGUCUUCAGUCAAACAGAACAAUUUCAACGGGAAAUCUGUGUGCCUUAGCAGCUGUUGAAUAUGCAUGUAUGAACUUAAUUUUGGUAAAUCCCAUUCUUACAGCACUACCUUACUGCAAUUUUUUCAUAGGUGUUAAACGCUCUCCAUCAGAAAUGAAAGAAGGCAAAGUCGAUGUCUCCAGUAACUGCACCCCUUACUCUACCUACUCACUGACAUUCACUGAGGAAGAGUACGAUCAACUAGUGAAACUGAGUGAAUACAAUAUUCUGAAUAACCAACGUAUGAUCCUGGAAGCUUUGCAUAUGGCAGUGGAACAGAGAAAAAAACUGAAGAAAUGCACGAAAUGA